AUGGGUUCCGACGACUAUGCUGCCAUUGGCGGCGGUGGCGCCUUGAAGCUCAAAGGUGCCAAAGUGCACAAGAAAAAGAAGAAGCGCGACAAAACCGAUCUAGAGAAGAACCUCGACAUCUCCAACACAGACGAGGAGAAGCGAAAGAGGAAGAAGAAGAAGGAUAAGGAGGUGGACGACGACGAACUUCGCGCCGAGGACGAAGGCGAGGAGAAGCCCGAGGUUCAAAAGACAGAGGCCCAAAAACGGCACGAGGAGAUCAAAAAGAAAAGGCUCCUACAGCUUGCCGAAUCUUCAGGCUCACGACCAGAACUACUCAAAACACACAAGGAGCGAGUUGAGGAACUCAAUACUUACCUGUCCAAAUUGAGCGAGCAUCACGAUAUGCCCAGGAUUGGCCCUGGCUAA